AACCUUUUUCAUAGCAAUUCGAACCAAUUUCAUUCACUAAGUACACAACGCAAUGGCCUCCCCAACGAUUCACACUUACAACCCUCCCUAUUUCCCAUCACCACCACCAUAUCACCCUUCGUCGAGCCCGCCUACGCCGGCGGCAACCCCUCCACCGCACCCUAAAUCGCCACCGCCUUCACCUCCGCCGUCGCUGCCGCCGCCACACCCCUUCACUCCGCCUCCACCUCAUGUGCUCCCGCCACCGCAUCCACACCCCAUCGCCCCGCCGCCAGCCCACCCGCUGCCGCCGCCACCGGCGCCCGACCACCACCCCACGAUCAUCGUCAUCGUGUUCAUCUCGUGCGGGGGGCUCCUGUUCUUCGUGUUCAUGGCGGCGGCUCUCUUCUGCUGGAUGAAGAAGAAGAAGAAGAAGACGGAGCAAAAGACCAAGCUGAUCCAUUUCGAGGAGCAUAGGAAGGUGAAGGAGGCCAUUGUUGAAGGUCCUCAUGGCACGGAGGCCAUAGUGCUCUCCAUUGAAGACGAUGUGGUCAUUGAUGGAGAGAUUAAGAAGAGUGAAAAGAUCGAGAAGGGUUUGCAUGCCAAGAAUGAUGAUGAGGCUUCGAGCUUCAUCGAGAUCGUCGGAGCUUCGUCUGAAUCGUCCGACCACCACCACCACCACCGUCAAGACCACCUCGCAGAGCACAAGGGAUAAUCGAUCACACAUACUGACCAACUUAUUUCUUACUUACAUUGUUGUCUUCCAUCAAUAAUUUUCCUCAUCCAAGGAAUGUCAUGUUUUUUUCUUUUAUUCUGAUUCGUGAUAAAUGUAAUAAUACUGAAUCAAUGGAUUUGUUUAAUUUAUCA